AUGUUAGCCAAUUAUCAUUAUAGUAAGCCUUUAGAUGUUGACGUAAACAAUUGGCGGACGCUUUGUGUGAAGGCGAUUGCAAACAAAAUAUUGAUUUGCAAAACUGUUGAUGUAAAAAAAUAUUUAUCUUUAUCGCUAGGGUGGCGACGGGCACUAAAAUUGGCAUUGCUUCUUGCAGAACGCGUCGAUAGAACAGCACAAGUCCACGCAACAGUUAGUACAGAACGACCGGCUGCCGCAGUGCGUGCUGCAAUUAUGUAUUUUAAAAGAAAUAAAAAUUGUGACAAAGUGAAUGUUGAAGUGUGGAGAGCAGUUGCUCCCGCUUUAUGUAAUUUGGAUCUAUCAGUGGAGCAACGUCGUCGUCUUCAACAAAACCUCCUCUGUGACGCGGGAAUUAUUCCUUCGGAUAUUGAAGUCGAGUACUGGACCGAAUUGUUAAAAGCCUUCCAAAAGAUAUUAAGAAGGAAAGCGAUGCCAAUUAUAUGCACGCUGGAGAAUAUUUUGCCAGACAUAGAUCCAGACGUUAUUAAUAAUAUAAUCGGGCUGUUUAUAACAGAGUUUACACCGGACAACGUGUCAGAAAUUGGCUAUAGCAGAAAAAUUUGUCACAGUAUGCAAGUGCGCAUCAUUGCUAAAUAUCUGCUACUAUGUAAAGACGAAUCCGAACGGAAUGAAAAACUGGAAACUAUUUGGGAACCAUUCUAUAACCGUCUGACAUGGCUUCUAAAAGAGAACACUCAAUCUUCGAUCGAGUAUUUAGAUGACUUUUUAAUUGCACUAAGAUAUAAUAAGGCUUUCUUCGACACUUCACUAGUUUCAUGUUUGCCCGUACUGGAAAGAAUAGUGACGGACUUGCGGAAGUUUCUGCCAAUGUAG